AGUGACGCCCCCUACAGCCCGGCGGAGACUGGAGCUGGGCGAGCGAGUGUUUGCGGGCGAUGGAGAACGGAGCGGUGUACAGUCCCACCACCGAGGCGGCCCCGGGCGCUGGCAGGGGCGCGCGCAGCGGCCUGGCCGCCUACUUCUUCCUGGGCCGGCUCCCUUGGUAUCGGCGCAUCCUCAAGGGCUUGCAGCUGCUGCUGUCUCUCCUGGCCUUCAUCUGUGAAGAGGUGGUGUCCGAGUGCGGGUUGUGUGGAGGCCUGUACUUCUUUGAAUUUGUGAGCUGUAGUGCCUUUCUCCUGAGCCUUCUCCUACUGAUUGUGUACUGCACGCCAGUGCAUGACAGAGUCGAUACUGGAAAAGUCAAGUCAUCGGACUUUUACAUCACCCUGGGAACAGGCUGUGUGUUUCUGCUGGCCUCUAUCAUCUUUGUCUCCACCCAUUUCGGGACCUCAGCUGAAAUUGCUGCAAUUGUGUUUGGCUUCUUGGCAAGCUUAGUGUUCCUGCUGGACUUCGUUGUCAUGCUGUGUGAGAAGCUGCGGGAGAACCAGCUGAGAAAGCCGGAGAACAACACUAGGGCCGAAGCCCUCACCGAACCACUGAAUGCUUAAAGACAUGGAGUCGGGGACGUAGACCCAGAGAGAAGAACAGCUUUGCAGCGCUGGGCUGGGUGGCAGCCCCAGCAGUAAGCUCGUUGGAACCUGUCUCAAGUGGAGGAGGUUCUGUCGUUCGUUUGUUUUGUUUUUAGAGAUGAGGACUGCUGUCUCUUUGAAUUGCAUGUCUGUCAUUCUGCUCCAGGAUGCCCCUCGCCAGGCGUAGCUUCCAGACUGUGCCUUUCCGUCCUUUCAGGAACUGGUUGAUUUCUGCUGUGUUGCUGGAGAUUUAAUCUGUAUUUGAGAUGCUGGUGUAGUCUUCUUUCCUAAUGUUAUGAUCCUUUCCUGUGUCUCACUCAGCCCUACACUGUGUGCUAACCUUUUAAAGCAAUUAUCCAUAAUUCCUUCUGAGCCAUGCCUUGUCUAACAGAAACUGUGGGCUGGCACUGUGUAUGAAAGCAACAGUGUCGUCAGCCUGUGCUGCCUUUUACAUUGCACUUUGGAUGUUGAGAUAAGUUUAGAAGAAAACAAAAUUUAUUAUGGAACAGAGGACAGUGAGGAAACAGAUAGUCUAUCUAGAGGCCAAAGAGAGCAGAGACUGUCCCCGCACUGCGGGCGUAAUCACACAGAUAGGCCUUGGCCACUCUGCAGAGGUGUGAAGGGUGGCCGCUGUGUUCACACAGCUAAUAGAGUUGAUGACAUAAGACUAGAGACUGUGGGUCUCCAUCCGGGCAGAUGGUCAAGCUCUGCAGGCUUCUCUUCAGAGGCCUCAGCUGGGAUCUCCGCCCACCGGGAUGCCUACUUUCUCACUUUAUCCAGAAUGGUCCCUUGCUGUGUGCUGUCUGUGAAGGCCAGCACUUGCUCCUACUCUCCCGUUCUCUUCCCAUUGUCAGCCAGAUGUCUCCAAGUCAUCCAGGGUCCGUGUCCCUUCCUGUCAGCAAGAGUCUGAGGCAGGGGUGUCAGGUUCAUGUUCUCACAGGCCUCCAGCAGAGGUGUCUUGAGGAAGCGAAUCCUAGAAGCCCUGCUAGUAAGUACUGCUGGUGGUGUAGGGAGGCCGCAGACUUCCUGAGACUUUGGAAGGAUUGCUUGAUGCUGAAGGCUGUCUCAGAGCCACCGGGCACCCUUCCUCCCUUCUUCCUAGAGCUUGACUGAAACUCAGGUAUGUCAAGGCCUUCUGUGCGCAGGCAAAGGUUUCCCAGGCUGGGGUUUCUCUCUGAAGCGGAGCGGAGCGAUCAUGUUUCCAGCGGUUCACUGUAAGGCCCCCCUCCUUUCCAGUGCCUUGUCUGCCCUUGUGUGUGGAGGAUGGUUUCAGUUUCAUGAGUCUUUUGCAAUUCUUGGAAGUGCAUGAGUCUGGGCCUACGGCUUCUGCUCUGUUCCCGCCUCCAUGCCUGACCUGCUGGCCUCAGGGUUUCCAUGCUGGUGAUGUCACCACAGCUGCUUUGGAGAUCAUGAAAGUAAUCAUGGAUGUUGCCUUACUGGGUGUGCCACCCAGGGAGGGGACAGUAGGCUCUUGAACCGAGAAUAGAAAAUUUCAAAAAUAACCAGUUUAUUGCAGACAAUUUUAGAGUUUUAUAUCAAGCUGUGCUGUAGUCACUGUAAAUAUCAUUUAGACCUAUUGAGAAUUAGCAGCAAAUCUGGGCUACUUUAGUGUUACCAACUAUUAGUCCGCUGACUGUUGCUAUAGCAACAUACCUGAGACAAUCAACUUAAAAAGAGGGAAGGGUUGGGAAAGGGUUAAUCUUAGAUUGCAGUUUGGAGGCUUCCAGCCUUGGUCAGACCUACUGUUCUAGACUGCAGCACUGGUCAAGCUGGAAGCAAGGAAGGAAGGGCGGUGAUCUGUGGUCUCGUGGUCUUUUACGGGCAUGCCCUUGCUGACCUAAGACCUCACUAGGCCCCUCCUCUGAAGGUUUCUGACCUCGAUAGUGCCAUCCUGGAGAGCUAGUGUCUAACUCAAAGGCCUGUGGGGACAUCGCAUCUCAGCGGUAGGUGCCUCUCUGCCUGUGUUUGGCUUGUUCGUGAUUGACAGACACUCUCUGGCCUGGUGUCUGGACCGUGCACGUGCAGCAGCUCAGCGUCGAGCUGCGUGCUGUGUGUUAGUUGUCCCACAGCUGAGGCUUUCCUUUUAGGAAGAUAAUCAGGUCGCUUGUGUCUGUGGCCACUUAGAACUCUCUCUUUUGGGAACCUGUGACUAGUUGGCUUCUGAAUUCUACGGAGGGAGAUGGGGUUAAAGACCACACACCCUCCUGAAGAGCUGGGACCAGAGACCGUGGGCACAGAGAGGACAGCGUCUGUUUUAGUAGCUCUGACAGACUUGAGUCGCUGUAAUUUAUACAAAUGGUUUAGAACGGUUUUUAAGACUUAGAAGGGAAGCACACUUACUGCACAAGACUUUUAUAAUUACUAUAAUUAAAUUAUGCUUUAUGUGGGGACCGGGAAAUGUAUUUUUACAUUGCUUAUAUCGAUCACUUUUGUAUUUGUUGAUUUAAAGCCUGUGGGUCUUUUUUUAUCACUCUUAAUAUCAACUUUUAUAAUCUUUUAAAAUAAAUCUUCUUAAUACCAGU